AUGAUCAUGUCUCGUAAAAUCGUCUCACAUGUGGUUUUCUUGAUCCUUGCUCUGUUCUGUUGUACUGAAAACUCUCAUGGCAAGCUGAUUAUGCAGGGAUCCGCUGGAUUUUUCAAAGGUUUCCGGACGUUGACGAGCACCAAGAAGCACGCCUAUGGUCAAGCCUACUAUGACCGGGUACUCCGAUUCAAGAAUCCCGCGAACGGUGCAAUGACUUCGUUCUCUGUCACUUUCUUCUUUGCUAUUUCCCCUGAGGAUAGGCACAAAGGCUCUCACGGUAUGGCCUUCGUGAUCUCUCCCACUAGAAGCAUUACUGGUUCUUCCGCGGAUCAGUACCUCGGACUCUUUAAUGAAGCAAACAACGGGAAUAGCUCGAAUCAUGUCAUCGCUGUGGAGCUCGAUACAAAUAAAGAUGAUGAAUUUGGCGACAUUAACGAUAACCAUGUUGGUAUUAACAUAAAUGGAAUGAGGUCUAUUGUAUCUGCUCCUGCUGGUUACUAUGAUCAAGAGGGUCAAUUCAGAAAUCUUUCUUUGAUCUGUGGAAAGCUACUCCGAGUCACGAUCUUGUACAACGAGAAGAAGAAACAGCUUAAUGUCACCUUAUCAUCACCAGACGAGGAUUAUUACCCGAACCAGCCGCUUCUUUCUCUGAACCAAGAUCUGUCACCCCUUUUUUUGGAGGAAAUGUAUGCAGGCUUCUCAGCAUCAACGGGGUCGGUUGGAGCAAUGCAUUACAUGUGGAUAUGGUUUAUCAAUCCCUACCUUACUGUCCCAAGCCUGAGCUUUGGGAUACCGACAUUUCCUCCAUAUCCCAAUGCAAAAUCUCUGGUAAACCGGAUUGUUUGGUUGUCCAUCUUGGCAUUGGCUAUAUUUGUUGCGCUUGCUGCAUCAGCUUUAAGUUUCAUCUUCUAUAGGAGACACAAAAUGGUUAAAGAGGUUCUAGAGGAAUGGGAGAUUCAAUGUGGACCUCAUAGGUUUGCUUACAAAGAACUCUUUAAAGCCACAAAGGGUUUUAAACAACUUCUAGGCAAAGGAGGUUUUGGUCAGGUCUUUAAAGGUACAAUUCCAGGUUCUGCUGCAGAGAUUGCUGUUAAACGGAUCUCUCAUGAUUCAAGACAAGGGAUGCAGGAAUUCUUGGCUGAGAUAUUGACAAUUGGUCGGCUUAGACAUCCAAACCUAGUGAGGCUUCAGGGUUAUUGUAAGAACAAGGAGGAACUUUACUUGGUUUAUGAUUUUAUGCCCAGUGGAAGUCUUGACAAGUACCUCUACCGUAGAACGAAUCAAGAGCAACUCACUUGGGAUCAACGUUUCAAGAUCAUCAAAGAUGUAGCCACUGGGCUCUGCUAUCUGCAUAACGAUUGGGUACAAGUUGUAAUUCAUCGAGACAUCAAGCCAGCAAAUGUCUUGAUUGACCACCAGAUGAAUGCAAGGCUCGGCGAUUUCGGAUUAGCCAAGUUGUACGAUCAGGGUUUUGAUCCUCGGACAUCUACAGUGGCUGGAACGUUUGGGUACAUUGCGCCCGAGCUCAUAAGAAGUGGAAGAGCAACCACAGGGACAGACGUCUAUGCGUUUGGGCUGUUUAUGCUGGAAGUAUCUUGCGGUCGAAGGCUGAUAGAGCCACGAGCAGCCGCCAAUGAGAUGGUACUCGUGGAAUGGACAUUAGAUCGCUGGGAAAACGGAGAUAUUCUCGAGGCAGCCAAUGAAAGAUCCCGCCAAGAACACAAUAGAGAACAACUCGAGCUUGUUCUGAAACUGGGAGUGGUUUGUGCGCACCAGGUUGCAGCAGUUAGACCGGACAUGUCUAAAGUGGUCCGGAUCUUGAACGGCGAUUCACAGCUUCCGGGUAAUCUGCUGGAUAUUGUCUUGGCCGAGAGGGUCAGAAUGUGGUCUGAGACAUCUAAUGUUGUUCCUUCACAUGAGUCCAUCCGCACCUUGACAUUUACAGAACCUUUCACUUCUCACGGACGCUGA